AUCCUCUCUCCAUUUUAUUCCCUGUAAGGACGACCUUCCUGCAGGAUGACCGCGCCUGUAUCCCAAGAAGAACUUCCAAUCCUUGAAUCCGUCAUCAAUCUCCGUAAUCGACUCACUGCUCUCAAGAAAGAUCGAGGAGAAUAUAUCAAGGCUUCGGACGUUAACUCAAUCUACCAAGCAACCAUCAAGCAAGUAACGAAACUGAACGAUGUCCGAGACGAUGACACUGUCUACAAUAACCGCCUUGAUACAACUCUCGCAGAUGUGUUCAAUCUGCUAUCACUCUUCUUCCUCACGAUCGGAAAGACGAAAGAGGCACCAGCAACAUACUCGCAAUUGGCUAGCAUGCGGCAAAUAUUAGACCACAUGAAUGAGUCUGCCGUUUACAACGAAUCCGACCUCGCCCCAUUCACACGACGUCUUGAGCAACUCCGAAAUAUCAUCAAGCAUGACGCGGAGUCUGGGAAACACCCAGUAGCUAUGACCAAGCUGCUUGAGAGACAAUUAGGCGAAUGCGAAUCCAUACUGCGCUCGCUACAAGACUCGCUGGCCGUUCUCUCUGUCGAACUAAUCCCUAUACACGAACGGCUAGUCAACAUCCGACGAAAGCUUGUCGCCUUGGCCGCCAAGGAAGGUUCGCAUAAGGCAGAACUAAAACCCCUUCAGGACGAACUGAGAAAAAUCGACUCUAAACGCGUCGACGGCAAAUUCCUCGGUCCCGGAGGCAUGAUCCCCGCCUCCCAAGCCAUCUGCUCCUCCCUCCUCGAAAAUUGCUUCGAGAUCGCACAGGAGAUCCGAGCACAGGAAGAGUCGAAAAACGUCCCGUCGUCACUCAAGCCGAUACACGAUAGGCUGAGUACGCUCAGAGCGGAACUGGAGGGGCUCGCGUUGACGCAUCGGUGGAGUCUGAGGGAGACGGAUCUGUGGAAUUAUUCGUUGAGUUUGCAGGAGAUAGACAAGAUGAGAAUCGAUGGGAAGUUUGUAGAUUUGGAGGGGAAUCAGCCUGGAGGGCAGUAUGUGUUGUUGUAUCUCCUUCGACGGUGUUAUGGUGUUAUUUAUCGGCUGCUAUCGUCGAGCGAGCCAGUGUCCGAGGAGCUCAUGCCAAUAGCAAACAAACUCUCGACUGUGAAGAAGUGUUUGAACGAAGUCCUCAAAUACGGCGGGCCAUUUAGCCCUCGCGAUCUUUACCCUUAUCAACUAGCGUUAUACCAGAUUGAUUCGAUGCGGAAAGAUGGGAAGUUUAUCGGGGUAGAUGGGACAGUACCGGAGGGCCAGGGCAUUGUCAUGGCCCACUUGAACGAAUGUCAUGAGCUGUUGGAAAUGUUGAAACAGUCCAUGGACGAGAACGAAGAAGAUGAGGACGACUACACCGAAGAAGACGACGAAGAUAACGCGGAAGACGAAUCCGGGUCCGAAGGCUAGCGUGCUCUCCUUCUCCACCCUCUCACCACGUUCGCACGGCCGUUGUGCAUGGCCCAAAGGACCUUGUAACACAACGUGUACAUACCGCCACGAGAAAGGUGGUGCCAUCAUGGUGAUAUUGGGUUUUUUAUUGGAUUGUAGUCGUCGUCGUCGCAAUUGUUUGAUAUAUCGCACAACUUGCUAUCCCAAGAUUCCUUACCUGCCCGUUUCCCCAAACCCCCACCACUUCAGUUUCUUAUGUUCUUCAAUCUCUGUCUGCUCUUGUCCAAGUCUUAGGCUACAUUGUAUUUGUGAAUUACUGUAUAGAAGCGCGGAAACC